AUGUUGAACCUCAGUAUUAUUUAGUUUUGAUCAGAAAUAAGCUGAGCUAACAUAAAAUUUUUAGUGUACUAACAAAUUUAAAAAAAAAAAAAAAAACUUUUUUGAUUUCCUUUUUUUUCUCUUUUGUCUAAAUUAUUAGAUUGGAUUUUUGGAUUAUGGCCGAUUUGAAGGAAUGUUACAGCAGCGGAAACACCGCUAAGAACAACAGCGGCGAUGAGAAUUCGUUGAAAUUCAUGGGCGAUGAUGAAAACGAAAGUGAGCACACUCGACGUAUUUGCAUAUAUCUACACAAUUUGCAGAAUCGUUUGAAGCAGGGCGUAGCACAGCAUACUGAUCUCGUCCAGAAAUCUGUGCGUCUGCUCAAGGAGGUGAACGAUGUAUCCACCACACUGGCCCUGGCAAAAUCUGGGUCCAACAAUCAGAAGACCAAGAUUAAACGUCUCAUAAUGGAGUUUGAGAGCGGUUGUGCUACACCAGGGCAGGAGGAUUUAAUGGAGCUCCGAGAUUUGUUGGCCGAUUUCGAGAAACUCCAUGAAAAUCAACUGCUGCAGGAGAGCCUGCUGAAUUUUAAGCGAGCCGGUGACUCUUUUGAAAAGGUUUAUGCCUUUCUCGAGACCGUUGGCCUGGGAAACAAUACCUCGCCACAUCCCUCACCUCAGCCCAGUCAAUUGAUGACCACACAAAGCACUAAUCGCAGCUUGCGCGAGAGAAUCGAGGCUUUUAACAAGUCACUGGAACUGGGCACAAAUAUAUCGCAAGAUUUUGUUAGAUGCUUUAGCAGCCACUGUAGUCUGGAAAACAGUGAGAAAAUCACAUCGCAGUCAAAACUUCCAAAUAUUGGCUCACGUACCAAUUCCGGAUACGAGGGAGAUGUCGACAGUGAAAUUGAGCUGGCAGAGAAUGAGGCAUUAGCUGAAACUGAAAAGCAGUAGCCAUUCUCCAAAAAUGACGGAACUAUAAGUAUGAAAUUGUCUUGUAUUAUAAUGCUAAAUCUCUUAUAAAUCGGUGUAAAUAUAUUUAUAUGCCUAUAUAGUA